GGAGUAAUACGGAUUAGGGAGUAUUUGAUUGAUCAUUAGAUUCAACCAACCACCUUUCCCACUUGUAACAAAAACUAAAAUGAAAACAGAAGGAAUAAAAUCAAAGUCGGUUGACGGCGGAUUGGACAACUAGGAUGGAUGAGAAGAGAGAGUAGAAUCGUCGAGAGGAGAAGCUAAGAAGAAUAAAUACUCCGUCGAAACACGGCCGAUAAAAUGGUGAUCUCAGAGAAGCAAGAGGCUCUUGUGAAGGAUUCAUGGGAAGUGAUGAAGCAAAACAUACCUCAACUCAGCCUUCGUUUCUUUACCCUAAUCCUGGAGAUAGCUCCAGAGGCAAAAGACAUGUUCUCGUUCCUCAAGGACAGUGAUGAUGAUGCUCUUCAUCAGAACAAUCCCAAGCUCAAGUCUCAUGCCGUCAUAGUCUUCAAGUUGACUUGUGAAUCUGCGGUUCAGUUACGGGAGAAAGGUGUAGUUGUGGUUGGGGGCACCACCCUCAAGCAUUUGGGAGCUGUUCAUCUUGAAAAGGGACUCACUGCCCCUCACUUUGAGGAGGUGUUGAUGAUGGUAUGUAGGCAGUAAAGGAAGCUCUACUGCGAACAGCGGAAGAGGCAAUGGGGGAGAAUUGGAGUGAGGAGAUGAGAGAAGCUUGGGGUGAAUCCUAUCAUCACUUGGCUGCUGCUAUCAAACAUGAGAUGCAGGCCCAAGCGGCCGAUUCCUUUUCUUCUCCUACUAGUAGUUAAAUUUUCCAUUAUUGUUCACGUAUGAAUCAUUCUACUCUAGCUUUUCCUUUUUGUAUUUUACUUUCCCUUGGUUAUCUUUGAUUAUUUGCUUUAGCAUUAUUCUACAUACACUAAUUACCCAAUAAAUCAAUAAUUAAUGGUUCAUUGUAUUGCCUUUUUCGAUAAAACAUGGUCUUUACAUGAAAAAUGUAAGAGCUGUAUCACUUUUUGUCUAAAAUGUGACUUAUCUUCAUCUUCCGAUCUG